AUGCGAACAUUUCUUGUGUUUACAUUCGUUACGAUCAAUUGUUUACUUGAAAUUGUACAAGCUAAUCGAACAAUUAUAGUUCCUACUGAGUAUGGGGACGUACUUGGUUAUGAAACAGAUAUGGCUCGUAUUUUUUACGGAAUUCCAUUUGCACAGCCACCUAUCGGUGACUUGAGAUGGAAUCUACCAGUACCAAUUUCAAAAUGGACUCCAAAAGUGUUAAAUGCUACAACACGGGCUCCAGCUUGUCCUCAACCACCAUGUGGCGGUAUUCCUUCAAUUCUUUGUCCUACAAUAUUUUCUGAAGAUUGUCUUUACUUGAACAUAUUUACACCCCUGCCGAGUAAUUCAUCAUCAGCAUCUCGUUUACCCGUUAUGAUUUUUAUUCCUGGUGGUAAUUUUCAAUAUCUUGAUGCUUCGGUACCAGUCUAUGAAUCUGAACGAAUUGUUAAUACUACGAAUGUUAUUAUCGCUCUUAUACAAUUUCGUCUUGGUGUACUUGGUUUCCUUGCAACGGGAACUAAACCAGACGAUAUAAAAGGUAAUUAUGGUAUUCUUGAUCAACGAUUGGCUAUUGCCUGGAUUAAAGCAAAUAUUGAAUCUUUCGGUGGCGAUCCUAAUCAGAUAACACUAUUUGGUCAAAGUGCUGGAGCACAAUCAGUGGCCUUGCAUCAUAUAACAAGUGAGAUGCAAUCGUUCUUUCAGGCGAGUAUUAUUCAAAGUGCUCCGAUGGCGAUUCCAUUUCGAACUUAUGAGCAAUAUAUUACACCUGCUACUCUUCUCGCUGAAGAACUUCAUUGUGCUGUUGGAGAUAUAAACUGUUUGCGUAAAGCAUCUUAUCAAGACGUAGCUGCUGCUCAAACAAAACCAUGGGUACCUGUAAUUGACAAUAAUAUUGUAAAAGGUCAGCUUAUCGAAGUGGUAAAGAAUACAUCUUUUCCACUUAAACCACUUGUAAUUGGUACAUUAACUGAAGAAGCAAUCUUUUACGUCUAUGAAGCGUGGACUAAACCAGUCACAUUAUCGUUUUAUAUUGAAGUUAUAAUGUUCACGUUUCGUGAACAUGCAUUUAAAGUAUUGGAACGUUAUCCACCUGGUGAAGUUGAUGAUCUGCGGCCACUCAUGUCUAAAAUAGCAACACAAUGGGUGUUUGCAUGUUCAACACGUAUUUAUGCUCGUAAAGCUGCUUCAUAUUCGUAUGUUUUUGGUUUUCCACUUGAUUUUGAUGGAUGGGAAAAUGAAACGUUUUGCAAUAAUCAUGUCUGUCAUGCUGGUGAACUACCUUAUACAUUUGAAUCAGCAUGGGUUAAUUUUACAGAUGCUGGCAAACGUGUUGCAACGAGUAUGGCUACUUAUUGGACUAAUUUUGCCAAGACUCAUGAUACAAAUCAACCAGUAUCGCAGUCAAUAGUAUGGUCAAAAAUGAAUAUUGAUGAACCUUAUUUGUACUUUCAAGAUCCAUUAGAUGUUCGAAAUACUUAUUUGAAAGAUGACUGUGACUUUUGGGACCAAAUUGGUUACAAAAAGAUUUCUUCAAUCUAUGUCUAA